AUGCCGCUUGAAGCGCUGUCAAAUGAGCUCCUCGUCGAGAUUGCUGAGUGGGUAAACGAGACAUGCGAUACUCAAACUCUUCUCGACCUGGCUCUUUGCUCUCGCCGUCUAAAUGCUGUGGCUACACCGAUAAUGUACCAAUCCUUCCACUCUGGACACCGAGAUGUCCUUCCAGUCUUCCUGCGGACACUGCUAGCUAAGCCCGAAUUGGGCUUACGAGUCCAGAGCUUCUCCGCUCCAAUGCAUGCCCACUGGGACCGGCGUGGCUACAUGUCAGGAUACGGGAAUGAAGACUUCAUGAGAGCUCAAGCUGCGGUUGAGUCUAUCUACCACGCGCUACCGGUGGAUGGAGGUGUCCAAAUGUGGAUGGCACGUAUAUCAACAGGCAACUGGCAUGCGCUCGCCGCCCUAGCUUUUUUCCAUAUGCCGAACUUGAGAGACAUCGAGAUAUCUCAAUACGACGUCCUAGAUCCGUAUGAUGGAAUUCUAGAUCGUGGAUACUUGCACUCAAUUCCUGCCACCCUUGACUUCUUGGCCGAUUCGAAAGAUCACCUCAACUCUCUGGAGCGCAUUGAAAUCCUUCCAUACGACCCACUUUAUGGCUUCAAUUUCAAGUCAAUUUGGUCUUUUUUUCGUAGUAAUUCAGUGAAGACUGUAACUAUCAGUUGCGUUGUAGGAGCCGACCUCGAUGACCAAGCCUCACGAUACGAGACUGAAGAAAUAGAUUUCAAAAGAAGUUGCUGCUCAGGAGAGCCGAUGAUUCGUUUUCUUCGCUGCUUUCCACAGUUGAAAGCGUUCUCAUAUGAGCAUCUGGAAGGACCUAUCGACUAUGUUGAGUUCGAUGCUCCAAGAUUCGGGCAAGCCAUUGCGCAUCUCAAACCAUGCUUAGAAUACCUCCAUAUUUCAAAUGGUGGCUACGAUGAGCUGGUAUUGAACCAACCUCACCUUGGGACCAUCGGCUCUCUAUCUGGCUUCCGUGCUCUAGAGAUACUCGAGAUAGACGCCGAUACUAUUCUCGGACUGUACCACGGCAAUGCUGGAGAUCCAGAUGAGCUCUCCUCUGGAGCAAAUGCUCGAAGAAAGUUAUACAAGUUGUUGCCUCGCUGCUUAGAGUAUCUCCACCUUAGGAAUUGCUCAAACUCGAUUGUUGGACAGCUAUGGGAUGUUAUUGAUUGGAAGAAGAAGGCUGAUGCGUCUCUGUCUUCUUCUUUCAUCCACAACCACAUCAUACUCGUCGAUAUGGCGACGCUAUCGGCACUGUCUAAUGAGAUUCUGGUCGAUAUCGCUGACAAAGCGGGCUCCAUUGACGGCACCACUACACUUCACAACUUAGCACUCUGCUCACGACGUCUUAACUCUCUUGCAACUCCCAGUCUCUAUUCCUCGUUUCCAAACAAGGAUGUACCAAAGUUUCUACGAACGCUGAUUGCCAAUGCCCAACUAGGGUUCAUGGUAAAGCAUUUCUCGGUCAACGUGGCUUCAGCUGAACCACUAGGAAAUGAAUAUCUUCAAGUCUUUGAGUCUGCAAUCGAAGAAAUAUUCAACUCGGAUGUAGCUUUGAAUUGGAUGAACAGUCUACAUCAACCGAAGCAAGAGGAGUUUGCUGCAGUUACGUUGUUUUACUUGCCCAACCUAAUCCAUCUCGAACUCCAACAUUGUGGAUCUUUCUCUCAAUACCAGCCAUGGUCCAUCCACUGGGCUCUUGAUCUCAUGGCAAACAACCAGAUUAACUCAUCUGGCUUUUAUCUUCAGAACCUCCAAAUAAUCAGCGCCACGCACCGCGGUUUGACCGGGUUUCAUCUGAAAGAACUUUUUCACUUCUUCAAACUCAACUCAGUCAAGGAAGUCAGAAUACAGCCCGCCUCUCAUGAUCUGUGCCGAGGCGACUUUGGUUACCAGUUCCCGACUGAAAGGUUAGAUAUCCAAGAUGGGCUUUGCAGUGGCGAUAGCUUAACAAACUUCCUCGGAUACUUUCCCAAGCUCAAAAGCCUUAUCUAUCACCAUGACUACAAUUCCAUGAUUGAAUUCAACCAAUACAGACUUCGACUGGCUAUCGGACGUCUCAAGCAUUGCCUGGAAGAGUUGUCACUGACAACUGGCGAGACUCUUUUUGAGACAUUUACAAGCGGCUUCGGAUCGAUGGCCGAAUUUGGAGCGCUCCGAGUGCUCGAGGUCGAUGCGAGCUUUCUUUUAGGACCUCAUCACAGCAACGCACCAAUCAUCGAUGAUAACGGACAGCAAAGCAUGCCAUUACGACUUUACAGACAACUACCAUCGCGCUUGGAAAAUCUUCGGCUCUUGAAAUGCAAGUCCACAAUCCUCGGUCAAUUGUGGGAUUUGAUAGAUUGGAAGCUGGGAAACAGUGCUCAACUAAAGCAUGUUUCUGUGAGCUAUCUAUACUGGAACACAGGACAUGACCAGUCUUCUGGGUCACGUGGAGACCAGAGAUUGCUGAGCUUGGAGAGCAUGAACAUGGACCUGAUCGAAGCAUGCCGUAAUGCCGGCAUGCUACUUCAGUUUCCACCACACCAAGCAGAGUUACUUGAUGGUCUGUAA